AUGGAAAGUUUACCUCCGGAACUCCUGAUGGAAGUGUACAUUUACAAUGAAUUCCCUAUUUCAUUUAUUCUUAUUAAUAAACGCAUUUACGAAUUAUGUAUGAGUCCGAUUGCAAAAGCCAAAUGGGUUUUAAGAAACUUUGGAAAAACACAUGCAUUAUUCCAUGCAAUUCGACUAGGAAAAUCUUUUAUUGUGGUUGAGAUUAUAACAUCACUGUUAGAAUUAAAAGCAAAUUUUUCAAGGUAUUUUUUCCAAAGAUUAUCACAACAGACCCAAUCGAAUAUUGGUGAAGAAUAUGAUCCGCUCUAUUUGAAUCGAAUAGCAGAUUCGUGGUUCCCUGAUAUUCCGUUCGAUGUAUAUUCACUUUUAUUUAACGAGGGUCGUGCAAGGUUUGCAUCCAAUUUAUGUAUAAAUGGCGACGAUGUCGAAUUAUUUGGUCUUUUAAGCGGUGAAUCACUAGAAAUUGAUCAGGCGUCAAUAUUAAUCAAUGAGAAUUUGAAAGAAAUUGAAGACCUAAUUGUGGAUAAAAAAUUUACACCAUUUCCUGAUAAACUUUUUAUGGUUGCAAGGGCAAUCGUAUUAGAACCCGGAAUUGUACAUAUGUGGAAAGGGAUAGGUCAUGAUAUUUGCAAAGAUCUUAAUGAUUUGGUAAUCAAAGACUGUAUAAAACUUUCACCGCCAACUCCUCCAAAUAAAAAAGAAUUCAUGGACCGAUUGAAUACUUUCGUAGACGUUGGAUUCGAAUUAACCACAUCUGCGAAGAUUGAUAUUUUACAUCUUUAUAAAGGUCAACCUGAAAUCUGUGAUUUCAUUUUGGAAUCCUUUUAUGAAAUUAAAAACAAUCAAAAUCGUCACCGAGAAAAUAUGCUGGAAUGA